AUGCCGGGUGGAGUCCCACAGUCUGGUGACAGCGCGUACGGAUUCUGCGACACGGACACAAACGCAGCGCCGCAAGCUUACGACGACAGAUUCCCGAACAUGCGACAGAACCCGCAGUUCCCGCAGACACAGAACUUCGCUCAGGCACAGAAUUUCGCGCAGUCACAAAACUUCGCACAAGGACAAAGUUUUGGACAAAGUUACUCGAGUCAAAUUGCUCAGGGGAAUUUUCAAGAGGGUUUCGGGGAAGCGAGCGGGAGUUUUGACACUCAGACUGGUGUUUGGGGUCCUCCACCUCCAUACAGUCCUCAAGGGAGAAGUGGAAGCAGGCAUCAUCUUCACCAAGAUCCAGCAGCUGCUACACUCCUUCAUCACCACCACAUUGACGUUCAUCGUAACUCUAUGCACGAUCACAACAUACAAUCUCACACUUGCAGAAACUCUUACAUGCAGCAAAAUGUACAGGAGUCAACCAGGCUCAAUCCGGAGUUGACUAGAAUCAACCCGGAUAUGUCAAGAUUGAACCCAGACUUAGUCAGGUUGAACCCAGAGUUAGCUAGAAUGAAUCCUGAAUUAGCUAGGCUCAACCCAGAAUUGGCCAGAUUGAAUCCAGAUUUGGCCAGACUAAAUCCGGAAUUGGCCAGAAUGAAUUCGGAUUUGCAACAUUUGCAGAUGUAUCCGACUGAUGUUAAUGAGUUAGCUAGGAUGCAAGCGGAAAUGCAUAUUGCACCGGACGCGAGAUUUAAUACAUUGAGAGGACAUUUGGUGCCAUACAGGUCUUGUCAGAGAACUUUGGGUAUGAGUGCUGGUAAUCUGCACAGAGAUUGCAGGAUGGAGGAAGGUGUUGUUAUAGAAUGUUUGCAUUCGAAGACUGCCAGUAAGGUUUCCGAUCAAAGCUCUGAUUCGUCACAGAAGCAAGGAAAAGAAAAUUUGGGCUUUCAAAAUGAUAAACACUCACCUAUGAGAUCUUCCAUGCAAGAUUGCCAUAGGGGUGUGAACCAAAACGCUGAAUCCGAGGUGUAUUUCGCUGAUGUGUCCAGCUGCUGUAACGUUUCGGUCAAAGCUGAUUGCUGCAUGAAUCCAAACGUUUCGGCUUUAGUGGGCACUAUAGAGAAUCAUCCGGAAUCCACAUCCGAAUCAGAUACGGGCUCGUUCACUCUUACUAGACAACAAAGACCCCAACCACAAGUAGGGUCCAAACGAAGACCGAGACAGAACGAAAAACUGGUUAAAAACCAGGAAAAAACGCGGCAAGACUUGAAUAGCAGUUUAAGAUUGACCGAACAACAAAUAGAGCAUCUAAAUAAUUCCAUGAGGAUGUGUGAACGUAUGAACGACGCAAGGAUCGAGCGAAUGAACGAGACUCGGUCGAGUGAGAGAAUGGAUAGAAUUGAAUCAAGAGAUAGAUUGAAUGAUUCCAGGUUGGAUAGAGUGAACGAUACCAGAAUGAGUGACAGAAUGAACGAUACUCGCUCGAGUGAACGUACAAAUAACUCUAGAGAAGCGCGUAAGAAUGACCCUUUGUCGAAUGAUUCUAGAAUGAUGAACGAAUCAAGAGUAAGUGAUUCUAGGAUGAACGAUUCUAGGUUGAGCGAAUCUAGAAUGAACGAUUCCAGGUUGAGCGAAUCAAGAAUGAAUGAUUCCAGAUUGAGCGAAUCUAGAAUGAACGAUUCGAGAUUGAGCGAUUGCAGAAACGAAAGGUUUGAACGGUUAAACGAUUCGAGAACAGAACGGAUGAAUGACUCACGAAUGGUGACAGAGAGGAUAGAUCGCAUGAAUGACACAAGAAUUGAGGAUAGAAGAAUGUCAGAUUUGAAUUCCAGUAUUAGAAUUGAAGGUAGCCCGAAAAUAAGGAGUCAUAUGAGUCCAUUGCGAAUCCAAAAAAAUCCUAAGAAUCUUCCGAAGGAACAUUGUAGGCAAUCCAGUUCAGAUUCGGGGAAGCCAGAAUUCUUUGUGCCACCUCCUCCUAACCUAUCGCCCUUAUCGCCUAAUACAGACGAAUCAUUAUUGUCUGACGAAGACAGACCUGAUACUGUGUACUCUAACGAGCCAGAAACUUCGAAAUGCUUGGGACCUGAUUCUCAAUACGAACCAGUGAGAGAGGAGAAGGAAGAUAUCCUUAAGACCAACCAUCAUCAUUGUUACAGUGACACUAACACAAUGGACUCUGGUUGGCAAAGCGGCUCAGAGAAACAGGUCACAGAUUAA